CACCUUCAGUUCAUCUUCUGUGCGUCCAUCUCGACCCUCGACUUCCGAAUUCAUUUGGCUCGCUCGACUCGACUAUGAUCGCGGGCACUUGGACUACGACACUCCGGUAGCAGGAUCUCCCAAUGCUUGUAAGGCUAGAAUUUAGGUCGAGUGGUCCGCAAAAAUGAGGAAAGCUAGCAUGUCAUGGCUCUGGAAGGGAGAUGCAAACUCUCCAGCAUCCUUCGAGAAGGCCCUCUCCAAGCUGUCCAGUCAGGUCACCGCCGCGAGCCUUGCUCUUGACACCACAAGAAGUCGAGCCCGCCGAGCGAAAGCGUUGUGGACGCUUUACACGACCCUAACCUACCUUCUCUACACUCUUGUCGUGGUCCUUGUCCUCGGUCCAGAUGCUUGGUCCUGGUACCAUUAUGCGGGACUUGCGGGAGGACCAGUCACCAUCUACGCCGUGAGGAAACUGCUCUCUACUUUCUUUGACUGGCGGGUCAGUCGACAACAAUUACACCUGGACCACUUACAAAAGCAAAGAGAAGCGAAGAUUGCGGAUUUGAAGAAGGCUACAAGAUAUGAUAGUACACAAGAGCUGCUGCAGAAAUAUGGUGGUGCUCCGCCAACAAAGGCACCCUCCAGACAACCACACCAAGGAUCGAAACGAAAAGCAGAACCGGCGUCAGAGCGACCGACACCACAAAGAACGGGAAUCCCACCCCCACCGACAGCGAAUAUUCCAGGCAGAAACAUGAACAUCCCUCCCACUCCAAGACCGCAUGUCGAGACCAGCCCAAUGUCCACGGCGCAUGGCCAACCGCCGCUGGCAGCACAAAUGAUGGCCCACAGUCCGGCAGACAUGAGUCCUGAUGCUCCAGGAUUUGCUCCAAACGCCUUCACCAAUGUGCCACCACCAAGCACUGCAUACGAACAUACCCACCAUUGGUAUGAUCGUAUCCUCGAUGUCAUGCUCGGUGAGGACGAGACAGCCGCCAAGAACAGGCUGGUAUUACUCUGUUCGAAUUGUCGACUAGUCAAUGGACAGGCUCCUCCAGGAGUCAAGACAUUGGAAGAAUUGGGACGGUGGAGGUGCAGUGGUUGCGGAGCUUGGAAUGGGGUGGAAAGUGAAGGUGCAAAAGUGGUCAAAGAGGUAACAGCAGCCUCAAAUAUGCACAAUGGCGAAGACUGGGAGAAAGUGCCUCGAGCGACGAGAAGCAGUGUAGAUCUAGAAGAGGUCCAUGAUGAGUCAAGUCUUGGUGAUGCAGGUGAAUCUGUACAGGGCACCACAGGUCGAGAAGGUGAGGACGACAGCGGGAUCACCAAGCGGACGACUCGAAGUGCGGGCAAAAAGCCAUCUUUUGAUUCACUGGAAUGAAGUACAUUGGUAGCCAGGAUCACCAACCUGCCCUUUUACCAUUAUAUCCAUGGAUAUUUCUAACGCUGGUUUCAUUCUUAUACCUG